CAAUAAUAAGGAAGUGUGUCCAAUUCAUAUGUUUAAACUCCAUGUUCAUGUGCGGGGUAAAAAUGACAGGAUUAGAGUUUUUAGCAUUUUUUCUUUGUUGUUUUGGUCUCUCACACGCAACGACAAAUGAAAAAAAGCCGAUCCAAGCCUUCGUCAUUCCCCACAGCCACAUGGAUGUUGGCUGGGUGUACACUAUUCAGGAGAGCAUGCAUGCUUAUGCGGCCAACGUGUACAGCAGUGUGACGGAGGAGCUGUCCAAGGCCAAGCAGCGCAGGUUCAUCGCCGUGGAGCAGGAGUUCUUCCGGCUGUGGUGGGACACGGUGGCCACGGACCGCCAGAGGAAGCAGGUGCGGCAGCUGGUGAAAGAGGGUCGACUUGAGUUCAUAAUCGGGGGCCAGGUGAUGCACGAUGAGGCUGUGACUGAUCUUGAUGAUGAGAUAUUGCAAAUGACAGAGGGCCAUGGUUUCCUCUACGAGACGUUCGGGGUGCGCCCGCAGUUCUCGUGGCACGUGGACCCGUUUGGAGCCUCGGCCACGACGCCUGUCCUCUUUGCUCUGGCGGGAUUCAACGCCCACCUCAUCUCCCGCAUCGACUAUGACCUUAAAGACGCCAUGCAGAAGAACAAGAAAUUGCAGUUUGUAUGGAGAGGUUCUCCCUCCCUGAAGGAGCAGCAGGAGAUUUUCACUCACACGAUGGACCAGUUUAGCUACUGCACCCCGUCCCACCUGCCUUUCUCUAACAGCUCCGGUUUCUAUUGGAAUGGAGUUGCCCUGUUCCCCAACCCGCCUAAAGAUGGAGUGUACCCCAACAUGAGCUUGCCUGUCACUAAGGACACAGUACAUAAGUAUGCAGAAACCAUGGUGGGGAACAUCAAGCAGAGGGCAGCGUGGUUCAGGACGAACCACGUGCUCUGGCCAUGGGGCUGUGACAAACAGUUCUACAACUCAUCAGUGCAGUUCAACAACAUGGACCCCUUGAUGAAGUACAUCAACCAGAACAGCAAAGAGUUUGGAGUGACUGUCCAGUAUGCCACUCUCAGUGAAUACUUUCAGGCCAUCCACCAGUCAGAUCUUGUCUGGGAGGUUAGAGAGAAUGACGAUUUUCUACCCUAUUCCACUGAGCCGUACCAGGCAUGGACAGGCUUUUAUGCCUCAAGAAAUGUCCUGAAAGGGGUGGCACGACAGGCCAGCUCUCAGCUGCAUGCAGCGGAAACCCUUUUUGCCCGGUACCGGGUCAGCUUCCCUGACGGCCCCGUGGCUAAAGACUGGGCCUUGGACAAACUCCGGGCGCUCCGCUGGGCUGUCUCAGAGGUCCAGCACCACGAUGGCAUCACUGGCACCGAGUCUCCCAAGGUGGCAGACAUGUACCUCCAACAUCUCAUCCAGGCCAUGAUGGGGGUGCAGGAGGUCCUGGCUGCCCUCUUUCUGCUGCCCCAUGACCUUGGCAUGCCCAGCAUCCUUGGCACACACCACCAUAGAAAAGGUGCUCAUGAGGCUUUGGAGCAACAUGUCAUCGUCUACAACCCUCUAGCAUGGAACAUCACCACCUUCAUCAACGUCACGGUAACCUUCCCCAUGGCAACUGUCUUCGAUGACGACGGACAGCCUGUUCCUGCACAGAUUCAGAGGUCAGCAGAGUCCAACGUGACCUAUGACCUUUUCAUCGUUGUGGACCUGGGCGGUCUUCAACAUCGGGAGUACCUGAUCAAGUUCUCAGAGAAGCCGUGCUCUGGGAAAGCCAAGUGUGGCUCGACCUAUGUAGCCGAAGGGGUCGUGUUCGAAAGACGAAAUGUCAAGGACUGGUCCAAAACAGGCAGGAGGCUCCUGCCCGUUCUGAAUGAAUGUUACAAGCUCAUGUUUGAUCAGGAUACCAAUCUGCUACACAGCAUCACUGACCGUUUCGAAAAAAGGAGACUGAGGAUGAGCCAGGAUUUCUGGGAGUACCAGGCUAAUGGAGAUGCAAAAGCAGGUCCUAUCUCAGAUAACUACAUGUUCACUGCCAACGGUUCAGCCUUGAGGGCCUACAAAGCCGUGGAAAUGGAGAUCGUCCCCGGCAAGAUUGUGUCAGAGAUCCGACAGUACUUCUACAGAGAAGAGGGCGAUGAGGACUACGCUUUCUCGAUCACCACCCGUGUCCCAGAGGGCUUCGGGAGCAGACUGCUGUGUCGCAGGCUGGAGCAGUCGUACUCGCUGGGCCCCCUCCUUGUCAACACAGAGGUCGUCCUCAGGACCAACACCACCCUGAAGAACAACAGGACCCUGUACACUGACGACAAUGGCUACCAGAUGAUGAAGAGAACCUACAGGAAGUUCACUAAUAACACUUUAGCAAGGAACUACUUCCCCAUGAUUCGGGCAGCCUACAUCGAGGAUGACCUCAGCAGAUUGGUGCUCCUCAGUGACAGAGCCCACGGCGUGUCCAGCCAGGCCAACGGGCAAGUAGAGGUGAUGCUCCACCGGCGUCUUUGGAACAACCUGCCCUGGAACCUCGGCUACAACCUGACCCUCAACGACAGCUCGGUUGUCCGGCCGACCCUGUGGAUGCUGCUCGGCUCUAUCGACGCCACCGCCCAGCUCUACCAGAGGGAGGCGGUACAGCUGCAGCACAGACCCGUGGUCAUGCCCAUAGACCAGCCUCAGAGGAGCUGGCUAAAGAAGGAGCCCAGGGGAAGUUCUCCUGUGCAGCCGGUGGUCCUGCCCCCCAACCUCCACCUGCUCAGCCUCAGCAUCCCGGGAUGGAACUACAGCUCCAAACACAGCCUUCACCUCAGCCACUUAGACUCAGGUAAAGAUUUGAGGUCUGAGCCGGACUUUGACCGGGUCCUGCUGAGAAUCAUGCAUCUCUUCGAGGAAGGGGAACACCCUGAUCUAGCGAAGCCGGUGACCGUAAACCUGAAGGAAGCCCUGCGGGGCAUAGGGGAAGUGAGAGCGCUGGAGGAGCGUUCUCUCACAGGGACCUGGGACAUCGACAGUCUCCAGAGGUGGAAGUGGAAGACUGCAGAGACCAAGGAAACACAGAGUAAACGCUGCUGUCGCUGUGGAGAUGAAGCCUUCAAUGUGACCGUCUCGCCCAAAGAGAUCAAGACCUUCUUCGUUCACUUCAGCCCCGCCAACCUGUAGGCUGCUCUGCUGCCUUCUGUCUUCUGUGAAGAUCACCAAACCCUCCAUGUGAUAUGGAGAGGCACUCAUGAUUUGUGACACUGCUAAUGUAUGUUUUUGCACUGCAAGAUGAUUUAUUAUGAGGCAUCACUAAAUAAAAAGUGAAUUUGUCAGUUU